AUAAAAAGACAGACAUAGAUAUUGCCCACAGCCUUACACAUACAAACACUAAAUAAAAAUACCUUAGAAAUAUAAACCUCAAUCCAUUAGGACGAAACCGAUGCAAGGAGAAAGUGCAGCCCUUCAAGAGUUCAUUCAGUAAAGCCAUUUCAAAGUCUGAGCCACACCAUAUAAGGCCUAAGCCACACCAUGUCUUAUCUAUCGCCCACAGCCCUUAAGACCUAACCCCACCACUUGAGGUCUGGCUACAUUAAGUCCCUUUUGGGCCACUAAUCCCAUGUCUUUGCCACACCACUUCUCUAUGCCCAUAUGGCGUCAGUAUUAUCCACAGUAUGCUCUAGUCUGUGCCACACCCUAUUCUCUGGCCAUAUCGCAUCGUCUUGACCUCAUCCUUUCCUAGUCUGACCAUCUAGUUUGGGCCACAUUAUGACCCUAUCAGCCAUACCAUGUUUAGUUUUGGCCAUUUUAAGUCUUCUAAGCUGCAUCAUGUCUGAUUUAGGCCAUAUGAAGACCCAAUGACCCACACCAUAUCUAGUCUAGGCCAAAUGAAGUCUCGUCUGAAUCACACUGUUUUAAGUUGGGGUCAUGUUAAGUCGGCUGUGCUACGUCAUGUUAAGUUUAGGUCUCAGGUUUCGUCUGUGUCACGCCAUGUCUAGUGUAGGCCAGAUCAAGUCCUGCCUGAGCCGCACUCUAGUUGGGGUCAAAUCGUCUCGUCUGUGCCUCCCCUUGUUUAGUGUGUCAUAAUAGCCUUCGUCUGUGCCACCCCAUGUCUAGUUUAGGUCACGUGGAGUCUCGUCUUUGCCUCCCCACGGUCUGGUUUGGGCCACACCGCGGCUUUGUUACCAGGCACGGGUUUUUGCGUGUGCAAGGCGGAAUGUGUGGACGGGCGGUGGAGUGAGUGGGUGCAGAGGGGAGUGAGUGCGGAAUGACCUAGUUAGUGGCGGGACGAGUCGUGGCGUGACACCUGGGGACACUCAACAGGCACUGCCACCACCGGGAGACUCGCCGCCACCACCCUGACACUACUCGGCUCCUGCUGGCUGGUGGUACUGGUGGGUGGAGGAGGAGGAGGACUAGGCUGCGAGUCAAGUGGGGACAAAGGAGAGAGUGAGAGAGCGACCCAGGCUGGCAAGGGAGGAGGAGGAGGGGUAAGGAGGGAGAGGAAAGGUUCUCAGGCCGCCACCACCACCAUCACCGCCGCCGCCGCCGCCACCACCCUCCGUCACGCGUGGGGAGCCGCGGCUCAUACGCCAAUCAUCGCGGUGGGUACACGCUGCCCCAGCCACCCCAGGGUCAGGUCAGGCGGGCAGCACGGGGCAGGGGCAGGGGCGGCCAGGAGGGGGCAGGGUGAGGCAGGGUAGCAGCAGGGCCGUGGCUGUAGUACAGUUUUACGGGCGUUCUGUCCUGUCUUUGUUGGCCGCGUCGCGUAGCCGUCGGGGCGCCGGGCAGGGCAGGUGGUGGUGGUGGUGGUGGUGGUGUUCAGGCCAGGACAGUCCUCCUUGAGCCUGGUUGAUGGUUGGGGGCGGUGGUGGUGGUGGUGUCACGGCCCCGUAACCUCACCACCGCCGCCCCCACGCAGGGCCGGGCGGCGGGGCGGUGGGCGGGCGGGUGGUGGGUGACCGAAGCAUUGCAGAAGACAGACGAAGGGAGGUGGAGAGCGUGGCGGGGGGGCGGGGUGGCCUGGGGGGUAGGCCGGCCCGGCGUGGUUGCAAGAUGUUGCGACGGAGCCACCACCACAGCGGCGGCGGCGGACCAAGACUGCCUGCCUGCACCCCCUCCCUCCUCCCUCACUCUCUUUCUACCCCGCGCUCUCUUUACACCCUACUCUCUCGCCGCUCUCCCUCCCAUAGCUAUCUUUGUGCGCCGUACUUGUUAGCGGGGCUCCGGGCUCCCCGUCGACUCUCGCCCCCGCCUCUUGGUCCUAAGGCCCCGCGCGGCCCCGGCAGUGUCUGUCCUUGGUGGGUCCCCACACACAGGGGCAAGGGGCGGGCCUGGCUGCCUGGCCUGGCAUGGCAUGGCCACCGGCAUAGAUAAGUCUGGACCCAACCCUACCCUCACCCUGCCCUCAGCUCAACAUUAUCCCCUCAGAACGGCUCUCGUCCCCUCGCUCCCCCCCGCCCCCCGCCAGGCAGUGAGUGCCGGCCCAGCCCUCCGCCGUGGUGUGGCCGCGGCCAAGUGCAGUGUGGAGCUGUGAUACGGCGCGAGUGUUGCAUGAGUGAGUGUGUGCGUGGGUGCGUGCAUGGGGGAGCGGGGUAGUGUCCCCACACAGCCGCGCGUGGCGGGCCUACAGCGUACGGGCGGCGGUGUAGCGCUCGUACGGGGGAGAGGCAGGGCAGUGUGAGGUGCGCCGCUCAGCCGCUUGGAGGUGCGGGCCCUCGUCCCCGCGUGUGCCGCCGCCUCAGCUGGUAGACCGCCCGCGUCCCUCGUCCCCGCGUCUGUCCCGCCCGCUGCCCUGUCGCGUUACCCCUGCGUCCCUGCUGGCCCUGCCCCACGCCGCCUUGCCCUGCCCUGCGCUGCCCCACACGUCCCUCCCUCAAGUUGCAGGCUUGAUGGGCGCGGGUUGCAGGCCUUGCAGGAGCAGGACCACGACGCUGCAGGGCUCGUGGUCCCGUGGUGCCUGCACCAACGCCCCGCCGAGGACUGUCACGAGUGCGAGUGGCGACACAGUGAACCUUAUCGUGGCGUGCGGAAAAAUGUGAUAUCGGUGACGAAGGUUAUUUUUGCGGCGUGACAAAGGAGUAACUGGUGUGUCGGUGGUGGUGGUGAUGCAGCGAAGCCCAGCGACCCCCACGUCUUAUUUAUAUUAUUACAACAUCUAAGAGCAAAAUUAGUCACCACACCACAACAACAAAACUCCACUCAAUUAAAAGAUGAACUAGUUGAGAAAGUCGUACCAGUAAUUGAGCAACAACGGACAGAAAACGUUAAAAGCUAGAAAAGAAGAAAAGGGACAAAAAAAUAAUAGACAAUGAAAAGAAAAACACCGUGAAAAGUAAUCAUCGAAACUUCAAAAGAAAAUCGAUGAAAAGAAAAGAAAAAUCAAAGAAAAAUAAAUGACUAACGUAGCUGAGUGAAGAAAACGAGCAAGUGAGCGCAUCAAAGGAAGGAAAUAAUAUAUAAACACACCGGAGAAAAGAACUAAAGAAAAUAAAUAAGAGAAACAAAGAGAAAAGCAAAGACCAAGAGGGCGAGGAGAGAGCACUCAACCCAACCGUCAGAGGCGACAAAACCCCGCCCUGGAGAACCCCUCGAAGCCACACGACUCACGCACGCCUUUAGCUCGCCUUGGCUUGGCUGUGUGCGGUGUGAGGAGCAAAGGGCGGCCUGGCUCGGCUCUUCGGCUGUGGAGAGCGAGGCCGGCCCUGCAGCAGCCCGUGAGUCAGGCAGCCGCUGGUCCCUGGCAGCUGGCGGCCCUCAUGGUUACGGUCAGCAGGGGAUGGCGGUGCCCAGAGGAGCAUGUGCCGUGAGGACCCGCUGCCACACCCUGCACUCCUGAUGAUGGGAAGUGACCAGUACUGCCUCAAGUGGAACAAUCACUGGGCCAACCUGAUCCGCGUCUUCAACUCGCUGCUGCAGUCCGAGACAUUCGUGGAUGUGACGCUGGCAUGUGAGGGUCGCCACUUGAAGGCUCACCGGCUUGUACUGUCCGCCUGCUCCCCAUACUUCAAGGAGCUGCUUGUCGCACACCCCGACAAGCACCCCAUCGUGAUCCUCAAGGAUGUGCGAUACUCCGAGCUGCGGACGCUGGUGGAGUUCAUCUACAAUGGCGAGGUCUCCGUGGAGCAGAACGACCUGGCGGCCUUGCUCUGCACCGCCCGGGAGCUCCAGAUUAAAGGCCUCGCCGAUAACCGCCUCCCCGGUGCUCCCUCACCACAGGGGAGGGAGUUCAGCGAGGCAGGGAAGUACACCCUCACCCCGACCACCACCACGGGCCUGCCCACCACCACGUCAUGCUCCACCUCGCCACCUCUCGACGUCACUAACAUAAAGACCUGCAGUCCAAGAAGAAAGGUCGGGUCAGAAGACCGCCCACCACCCCCCCUCGCAGCGUUCCACCCUGGCAUGCCGCCCUCCAGUUACUCCUCCUCGCACUUUGCGGCCUACCACUCACGCCCUGCCUCUAGAGAAUCGUCCCCGGUUCACAAGAGGCGGAGGGUGUCGGUGGAGGGGUGCGAGGAGGACGGGGAGGCAGGCGAGGGCAGCAAGCAGGGGCAGAGUGACCCACCAAACGGCCACUUCCCUCAGCAAGAUGCCAGCGACAGGCCGUUCCCCUUAGUAUCCGGCUCUUCGGGAAUCAGAAUCGUGGACCAAACCAGAAGAGAGGACAACAACAACACCCCCCCAACCUGGGACUCAGACAAAGCUUCGCCGUCCAUAGCCAAGAUCUCUGUUGGUGUGCCCAUGGCCACCGCAAGCACCUCCACCAGCAGCCCUGGGGAGCCUAAGGGCUGUGAUGAUGACGAUGAUGACAGGGCGCACGUGACCAUUCAGUCGCCUGAGGUCAUCCUGGAGGAGGGAGAGACAGGUGUGGUGUCCUCCGGCCCUCCGUCAUCAGUGCCGUCACCCUCCCUGGCUGGCAGUUCACUAAAUAACUCCUCCAUCACUGCCACAGCCCUGGGAGGGCCCCUGGCACCCAGCGGCCCCCUGCCACCCCAGAUGGCCCUGCUGCAUCAGGCCCUGGCCCUGGGCUAUCACCCCCUCCAACACUACUUUCCCCCUGGUCUCCUGGAGCAGCAGCAGCAGCAACAGCAGCAGCAGCAGACGCAGCAUCCUGGAGUCACCCCACCAAAAGACCUCAUGCACUUCCUGGACGUGAUGAAGGCAUUGCCUCCGAGUGCACGUCUGCCGCUCGCAGCUCUGGGAGGGCCGGCGGGUGUGGGGGGAACCUCUAGUCUUAGCCUAGGACUGCCUGUAGUCACGGGGACGACCUCCUCCUCCACGGCGUCCGCCAGCACCAGCCGGGAGAAGAGUGUCGGGAGUGGCAUCACCUGCCAUAUCUGCGCUAUGAUCCUGCCCUCGUCGCAUCACCUCGAGGAGCACAUCAGGAUCCACGAGGAGGAGAAGCCAUACAAGUGUGACCAGUGUGGCCAGCGCUACAAGUACCAGUCGGCCUUCCAGAGGCACCAGGAGCAGAACCACACCGCCAAGCUGCCCGGUGACAAGCCCUUCCGCUGCAGCGUGUGCGGCCAGUGCUUCAAGUACCACAAGAGCUUCACCAAACAUCGGUCAAACCACGACGCUCUCGACCGCAUCAUGAAGGCCGAGUCUGAGGAAGGGAGACUCAUGCACCGGGGGAUACACGAGUCCUACCUCCAGAAGCUCCUGGUUAGUGAGUCCUCCAAGAGUGAAUCUGAGACCUCCGUUACCCUUAAGGAAGAGAGCAUGGAGACCCAGCACCAGGAGGAGGGAGCAGAGAGGCCGUCCACGUCCAAUCCCACCUCGUUCAAUGCUGCCCUUCUGCACUCCACCAACCCAGAGAACGGCGUCAAGAACUACGAAGACAGAGACGAUGAGGAAGAGGAAAUUGAACCUGAAGGUGAGGAAGAGGAUGGAGAUUUUGAAGAAGAGAACAAAGGCAAGUUUGUGUACUGCGUGAAGUGCAAGUUGACAUUCCGAGACGUGGCCAGCUUUGAGGAGCACUGCCGAGGGUCGACGGAAUGCUCGCUCGACACCUUGCGAGAAGUCAAAGUGAGCGAGGGACCAGGUCUGUCGCGGCCCCCAAGUGUGGCGUCCUCGCCCCAGGCAUCACCACGCCUCUCCCCAAGCAGUAUCUCUGGACCACCUCGCUCGCCACUCCCUGCCUCCACUCCGUUGGCCAUGCCCUCCCCUCCUGCUACCACAACCCCCAUCGGUGGCCUUCCUCCGUCCUCUAGUGUUGCGAUGAGCACCGCCACCGCCAGCACCACCAGCAUCACGCCCGGCACCAGCACGCCUCCCAGCCAGAACACCCUCAUCAAACUGGAGCCUCGCGGGGGUCUCAUGCUCCCCCACGCUCCCCUCUCCCUGGCCCCAGACCCCAGGGGGGAUGAGGAGCGGCCCUUCAAGUGUCAGUUCUGCCAGAAGGGCUUCAAGGGCCGGGAGAACCUGAAGCUGCACAUCCGCACCCACACCGGGGAAAAGCCGUACAACUGUGGUGUGUGUGGGAAGGCGUUCGGCGGGCGCUCCGACAUGAACCGACACCUACGCAUCCACACCGGGGAGAAGCCGUACCCAUGCAAGGUGUGCGGGAAGAAGUUUGCGCGGGCAGACUACCUCUCCAAGCACAUCACCACACACCUGGGGGUUCCCUUCGCCAAGCCAGUGCAUAGUUUGCAACAGAGUCUGCAAAAUUUAGAAAAUAUGCAAAAUCUACAAAACCUACAUAAGCUACAAAAUAUGUCUAAUGAAUAAUACCAAAAUUGUCCCCAAAUAUUUAAGAAGAUAAAUUUUUAUAUAUAUAUUUACAUUCUUAUAACAAAUUAGUUGAUACUAUACGCACUGAAAGUGCCACGUCUGCUUCAAAAGCAGUAAAAUCAAAGGUUUUGAACCAGUGACAGUAACUGUGUUACAUGCCUAGUUUUUAAAUUUAGGUAUUGAUAUUGUUGUCAUAUUUCUUAUUCUCAAAAGAGAUUAAAAUUUAAGAGUAGUCGGCGGGCGUCAGCGGGGGCCAGCGAGCCAGGGGGCACCUCAGCAGCGUUGAGUAUCCUUGUGAUCUAGUCACUGCCCAGUGAUGCACGCAGAGCUCCACACCGCCUGCUGUGCUCACCAACAUUAAUAUUUCAAGCCCAGUUACCACAUCUUGGUCGUGCGAGUACGACUCAUCUUCUCGAGGCGGCGCUGUGCUUCCCCCUCUACAAAACUGUUUUUAUAGCCCAGCCGGUGAGGUGGGCCGGAGGCUUGAGCCUAUAGUACAAGGUAGGUUAGUGUGGGCGUGGGUUGUAUCCACUGCCCCCUGGCCCUGCUCCUCCCGUCGCCCGGCCCGCUGCACCACCUGCGUCACCUGGCCACUUCCCGGUGCAACAAGACUGCCAAAAUCACCUCAUGCCUACCUGCAGAGUCCAUUCUCCAUUCCCUCUUUUCCUUGUUCUCCCUUGAGACCCAGAGCAGUGGCAGGGGCAUAGGGUUUUGAAAUUACCAUACCCCAAGGUCCAUCUGGAGACCUGAGGUUGCUCGCCAUGGUCAGUGUUAGGCAAUAGCUAUGUGCAGAGCCACUUGUGUAUAACUAUGUACUGGACUGUUUAGCCAGGGAGGUUCUCAGCCUCCUGGAUUGUCGUUGUGGUCUGGCGCUGCGGAGACGCCUGGCCCUGCCGUCUGCCCCGGGGGAUCACGAUGGUGCUAGCAUUGCAUGCUCUUGACUGUCCGCCACAUAGUGCUGGGGUUGUUGUUCUGCCUCAAGACAUCCAGUGUGAGGGGCACAGCUGAGAGGUGUGGUGAUGGCAACCCAGGAGUGGGUGGGCCGCCCCCCGUGGAGGGUGGAGGGCCGGGCUGGUGUUACUGUUAAAAGUCUGGCUCAUGACACGCCGGCCGGACUCUAAACUGCUGCUCGUGAUACUGUCGAGGACGUGCCCUAGAGCAUUUGUAUGCCGAGUGGAGAGUUGACCAAGUCAACUAAAAAUGAAAGCAGAGCUUGUUUAUGGCAUAAGUGACUGUUGAAUUUUAUUUGUACCAUACCACAGAUGUGUCCCUAGUGUUACUGAUAGACCUUAGGAGUACUGUAGGUGAGCCUAGCUCGUUAAACUGUAGUAUUUAGUCCUCCACCUGUCUGUCUGUCUGUCUGUCUGUCUACCUGUCUGUGUCAGUCUGUCUCUCCCGUGUGCACCACCUGUGGCCGUAGAGGAGGCACGCGCGUCACACCCACACACUCUCCUCCUUCGCUCGGCUUCCUUGCUCUUCCUUCCUCCUUUGUUUGUGACCAACUUCCUUGUCUUUCAGUUACAAUACUAUGUCAGGAUUGACUAGGCCACAUUUUCAGCCAAACCUUAUUCAAGUCCAGCCACAGUAUACAUAUAUAUUUUAUUGUUUGUGAGUAAAAGUCGUAUUUAAGCAUGUGAGUCAGCCAUAAAAAAUGGUUUUGAUGCAUCCAGCAGUGUGGAUCAGAAAGGCUUUGUAGACACCCCGGUUGAAUAUGUUAAUGUUUGGCUGAGAAUGCAGCCCUUGAGAGAGUGCAAGUUUUAGUGAUGUAAGGCCAGCUAAGCUGCGACUGAGGACGGCAUGUUAGGAGGAGCUACACCACAUGCACACCUUGUUGGUCUGUGAUAUUGUGAGAAGCUUGUUGGGGCCACUGCUCCCGGCAGUGGCCGCCUGCCUCUCUUGUCCAGAAGGAAAAUUGUGUUAGGCCGAGAAUUCUUUAGAAUUCGUAUGUUAAUGACUGUCUGUUACCAAAAUGAGUCAUGUGAUGACAGAGGUUGAUUGUUCUUUGUAGCAUUUGAAAUGCUAAAGCGCUUUUUCCAGUAACUGGAUAAUAGUUAUUUGUUUACAUGACAUGAGUGGCACUUCAGUUUUGUAGAAUGUGGCACCACAAAUCUUCAAGCACCCUCCCAAUAGCAGUGACAAAACCCAGUGUAGCACCUCUUUUAUUUAAACCACAUACUGAGUUCAUGUGAAGAGCUGAGCUGAUGUAUUAUGUUUGCCUGUAGUGGUAAGCUGGUGAUAAGUCAAGUGCCUUGUGACUUGUGAUAAAUUGUGGAUGGAGGGGCAGACUGCCCUCUCACUUGAAAAUAAUAGCCAAGUUCCUGAACACAUAGGGAUCAAUUGAUGUAAUAGUUUCCCGGUUUGUUAAGCUUCCUCUGCCCUGUUUUAGCGAAGGUUUCCAUGAAUCGUUCAGCCUAUGCUUAAAGAUGUCAUGCUUACUUGAGGUACCCUGUUUUGAUUGUUUCCCAAUUUUACCCCAUAUAAAAAUUCUGGUGCAUUUGGGUGCUUGGUGCAUUGGUUGUGCCACAUUCAGAAUGGCAAUAUAGAGAUGUUAGUAUGGAGCUGGGCGUCCACAGCCUGGCGCCACCGCAUGAGCCCACUGGCUGAGGAUGUAGUAGUUGUCCAGCAAGUUACUGUGUGUUGAACGGCACAAACCUGUAGCCAGUAAAGACGUGGCAAAAGUCCUCCUUCAUCGUGUCAUUGAAUAGUCCACAACACAAGAGAUGGAAGUGUAACAGCAAUGCUCCUUUGUAAUACAGUUUCCACAACUAAACCUUGUUAUUUGAACUUUGUGUGCAGACUUGAUACAGUAGAAAACAAAGUCAUUCUUGUCACUGGUUGAGUACAGCAACAAGAGAUGAAAGUGUGUAACAUCAAUGCUCUUUUGUAAUACAGUUUCCACUCCAAAACUUUAUCAUUUGAACAUUGUGUGCAAAGUUACUUCACUAGAAAAAAAAAAAAAAAUCUUUAUCUUAUUCAUAGAUCAUCAGGUUGAGGUGAAAGGAUAGCCAAGAAACAUACAACCCUAUUUCAUGGUCCAAAACUUAAUUAUCUGAACAUUGUGUGCUAAGUUGAUACAGUAGAGAGAAAAAAAGACAACGUUCCUCCAUAGAUCAUCAGGUUGAGAAUGAGAUGAAAACAAAGAAACAUUCAACCCUAUUUAAAUGGAUGAUUUCAAACUACCGUACAUAUUCCCAGCACAACCCAAUACAGGACACGGAUGACUGAUGUACCGCUAAGCCUCGGCUGCACACUGAGGCUUCGAGGAACUGUUCUUGUGUGACGCUGAUACCAGACACAACCUGGACGAGCCAGAGCAAAGCAAAGCAAAGCAAAGCAAAGCAAACCCUCCACAGUGACAGGAAGCUCAUGUGGGUGUCCCAGGGCUGUUCCACCACCUAGGACCUGGGAUAUCAGUAGGACCAAUUCCAUGACUCAUUUCUGUACAAGAUAUCUUCUACUAUUACUACUACUACUACUGCUACACCUACGACUACUACUUCUACUGCUACUGCUACAUGAUUGAUUUUACUACAGUUUUUAAAGGAUCUAUUGCCAGCAUCACAGUGUAUUUGUAACCUAGGUAGUGUGUGAUAAUGUUCCUACAGAUGCCCCACUUGUCCCUAUAAUGGUGUACAAAUUCACCUGCAGGUAUGUCCUCUUGUACCUGUGGGCCACAAGCUCAAACCCAUGCAUUUCACCUUUCCUUUCUGUAUUCAUGUGGAUCAUUGAGUGAGGCUGCAGUCAGAGAGAGGGCUCUGUUGUGGCCAUUGUGCAUGCAUGCGUCAUCCACCAGACCAGUUGCUGCUCCCGUCUGUGUCGUAGGGUCAGUCCCUGAGCCCGAUGCUUCGUCAGCGCCCAACGUAUAAAUCAACUCAGAGCUAGAUUAUGGAUGCCAGAUUUCCUCCUUGCCAACUUCACUCUGGCAUCCAGCAUUCAGUUGGUGCAUUCACUCAUGUCCAACACCUCAAGUUAGUUUGUUCUUCCACAAGGCACCAUAGACUUCUUGCAUGGUGUUAGGUGUUUUAUAAAGAGCCCAACAAACUUGAGGAUACAGCAGACAAAUUUUCUGUAGUCUUGGGUGGGUUUUCAGAAAGCUAGCUAACAAGCUUUGGUAGUUGCUUGGUUUGGGCGUUGACAGGACCUGACGUUGGGCUGUGGAACUGUACCGCAGGCUUCAGUGACUGACGACAGCUUCUGGGACACCUGUGUGAGGCUCCAAAUUAGAUUACAAACAAGAUCCAGCAAACCACGAGGACACAACAGUGCCUCCACCAUGUGUUCAGCUCCAGCAUGUGUCCGCUGUGAUCCUCUGACCCCGCACCAGGUGGCACUUGGCCCGACACACACACAUAUAUUGGGCAUUGCAUUUGCCACGCUGCCUCUGUGAAAACACCUUUUAAUAGAAGCUUUCAAUUGUAACUCUAACACAAAAAUGACCCUCUCCAAGCUUUAACACUGCGUGAGGUCAGUGAAGUGGCAGGAGCCAGCCGUCAGGUGGCCUGCCAAUCUUGCAGGGCAUUUUGAUCUCUUACGUUAAUGGUAAAAAUUCAUAGUUGCAGUAAGAGUCCGUUAGUCUGAAUUCCACGACUGAAAAUCCAAUAGCCUAAAACCCAAUGUUCCUCCAUGCGUCAGUACACUUUUGUGAUGAGAGUUGCCAUCUGAUUGUCAAAAAAUACACUUGUCAGCAGGUACAAGUGUCUAAUGCUGUUAAAGUCUAAUGCUGUUCAGGUUAAUGGACUUUUACUGUUUUCAAAGAGUCAAUCAUGCAGUACAGAACACAAUGUCAUGCUUGUUUUCGUGACAGAGGUGGCUCAUGAGAUCUCAGCAUCAGUUCCCGGCCCAGUGCCUCGCCUGGCAGUCCGUCGCAGGGUCACAGCGGCCAGCAGACUUGUACAAUAGAUAGUUAACAACCGAGGAAGUGACUCAAUCAACUCACCAUACUGUGCUCUGUCCCCCAACAAAAAAAUAUUUAGUCAUUUAUUCAUUGAGGCUACAAUAGCGCAUUUUCUUAGUCCACUGAAGGUUUAUAAUAGUGUUUGUUGUGUAUAUGUAACUGAAGAUGAGUAUAUGUGUAUGUGUAAUAUGUAUAUGAAAUUGUUGUAAUUAUUGAAAGUCAUCUCACUGUGUGUAUAUACAUUACUACUGGAUGUGUGUGUGCAUGUUUUUAAGCCUAUGUGUAUAUCUACAUGCACACAACUCAUUUCCAUUCAGAGAUACAUGCAUAAAUGUCAGCAGGAUGUGUGUACUGCGUAGGUUAGUGUUUCGUCCAUCUGUGCCACCUCAUAUUCACAUCACACAAUGCCGCAGGAUGACCGUACUUAUGGUGGGCAGAACAUUGAGUCACCUCCGCCUGCACUCCCCCCUCUCCCCCAAUAGUUGUAGCUGCGUGUCUAGUGUUACUACGAGGCCGUGUGUGUGUGCGUGUGUGUGUGUGUAUGUGUGUGUGGGUCCCUGGUGGCUCGCGCCCAUCAGUGUGCUCACAACAAUGUGUCAACUCUUCUCAUGUUGCUUCAGUGACCUCGUAUUCAGUUUAUAUUUCUUAUUUUUUUUACCAAUUUUUGUAAAGCACCAAUUUUCAGAUAUUUGAUUCUCAGAUUUUGUAGCAACAUACUACUACUACUACUACUACUACUACCACUACUACUACUACUACUACAAUUUUUAUAUAUUUUUUUUAGUGUACGUGUAGCCGGCAAGACUAUUUGGAAGUUAAGUGUCUGGUAGGACAGCAACUAUAUUUAUAAUAAUAAUAAUAAUAAUAAUAGUUAAUAAUAAUAACAAUAAUAAUUAAUAGCCAAGUCAGUGUUAAAUAAAUUUGCUUUCAGCUAAGAGUUGAUUCACAGCUCCUUUAAUUUUUCAAGUGUCCUGAAUCUUAAUGAACCUAAUCACGUACAUAGUGUGAAGUGCCGUGCAGUGUUGUAAGAAUCUUCGAGGAUCAACGGGAGAGAAUAAGCUCGAGUGUUCAACGUUUGCCGUACUUUGAACUCUGGUGCAAAACAGCGAGACGUGUGAAGAAGGUCCUGAGCGCAGGCUUCAAGACGGCACUGAUUCAACUAGGGUGUGUCCGCCACUCUGUACAUGCCAUACCAAUUAGUACUCACAGCAGAGAAAAAAUUCCUAAGAAACUUGAGCCGAGAACAGAAAAUUACCUAUCGUCAAAGUGAAUAUGAUUAGCAUUCCUCGUGUAAAAGUCAACCUCUCCAGAAAAGUAACGUUAAUGAGUGUUCUUUAUUCUGACAGUUACUCAUUUUAACACAGUCUAUAUAUUGGUAAAAAUCAUGCCUUCCCCUAAAUUGCCAAGUGUAGAAUAAAUUUAAGCCCUCAAAGAAGUAAAUAUUAUGCAGUUUUCAAUUUUAAUACAACAUAUAUUUGUAUAGAAACCAUUCAUCCUCCCACAAUGCUAAAUUUCUUUAUUAUUGAAUGGUUUGUACCCCAGAAGAUUGGUAUCCACAUAUAAUUAAGCAAAACAAUUCUCUCAAAAAUUUGUAUUGAAGGUUAGACUUUGACUUGCUUUCCUAUGGUGCCUCGGCUUGUUUCCAUAGAAGUUUUCUCCUGCUGUAAGUGGUGGCUGGAUGAGUGUGUCUGUGCUGAUGGACAUCCCCUCCCUAGCCAGUCCCCCAUACAUACAUAGGUCCAUGUAAUAUACGGUGUUUAGUAUGUUAUUUAUUCAACUUUUGUAAGGUGGUAUGAUAAAUUUGUGUUGUUGCUAGACCUGCCGCUGCUCACGAGCCGUAUCGGGUGCGGACAAAGGCUGUGUUCCAAGUGGUGUGGGCUGCACCGUGCACUCUGGGCAGGACCUCCGAGGACACUGUUUGGUCAGUCAACGCAGAUCUUUGCAAGUCCCGUGCAGAGCGGUCUGACAGCCAGCUCAGACCUUGGAUUCAUGAGAUGUCAUUACAUGAUGCUUUUUAGGAAAACUAUAAUAAAUCAUCAUGCAAUAUUUUGAACCUAUCUAGCAUUAAUGAUUUUCUGCAAUAUUGCUAAUCUUUUUGAAAUACUUUCUAAAUUAACAAAUAGUUUGAUAAAUAAGGGACAAUAAUCAUGCAUUUUAUCUGUCACCGGUGCCUGAUAAGAAAUUUCUAACCAUUAAUAUAUUUUUUGCAAUACUUUACAAAUGUCUUUAAGAAAAUAAUCAUGCGAUGAUGUCCCGUGGGCCCAAGAGCCGAGACAGCUGGAGGACCGCCGCACCGGCUUGGAUCUUUGUAUGUAGCUUUGUUAUCGUCAGCCCAGAGUCCAUGAGUGUGAGUCUUUCUGUCACAGUUGAUGGAGUGUUACAGUUGCUGCCAGACUCUUAAUUAUGUAUUUAUUGCCAGUGAUCUUGGCGCUAAUUGUAUGUUGCUUAUAUAAAAAGACAAAUUAUUGUAACAAACACUCUGUUGUAUGUGAACAUAGACACCAGACUUUACCUCACUGUUAUCCCUGUAAUGGAGGCCAGUUCAUACCUAACUAAUUGGACCGACUGCAGUAUUUUAGUUCAUUCUGCCUAUUAGUUAACAAGGAAAUACAUUUGUUAGUUUGAAAGAUAACCACUUGCCAAUUAGUUAACAAAGAAAUAAGUUUGUCUGCUGAUCUAAUUUAAAGGAAAUACAUUUGUUUAUUAUCUAAAGAAAUACAUUUACAUUUGUUCAUUUGUAAAGAUAUGUUUGUCUUGGUUUGAAAAAGAAAUACAUUUGUCUCAGUUUAAGAAGAAUGCAAUUGUCUUUUAGUUUAAAACACAAAUACAUUUGUAUUAAUUUACAAAGUACAUUUUUUUCUUUUUGGUAAACAGUUGUGCAGUAGUGCAGAAAAACAAGGGGUUUUGUCAAGAAGUCUUAUGACAGAUUGGCUUGGCCCACAGUGUUAUGGACUUGCUCAGCAUGAGAAUAUAGUGUUGUUGAUACCUAUGCAGAAGGAUGAGGAUUCUCAUCUGCAAGUUGCUUGUGCUCUCAGUCUUAUUGUAUGACCAUAAGACAGGGACACUAAAUAGUGACUUAGAGAUGGAUUGAUGUCUUUGGUAAUAAGUGUCUACAUAGAAUCAUGGGGUAUUGCUGAAAUGACUUUGGCGAUUAUUCCAGGAGACUGAGUUGAGGUCUAUUACCUGCAUAGUCCACAAAUGCUAUCUCUUGGCUAUACAGUCAUGUGGCUCAUUACCCAAAAGCCAACUCUACUCACCAGGUUGUUUCUGUAUGAGACUAUCCGAGUGGAGUAGGCCAAGGGGAUGCCCACAGAGUUCAUGGCUUGAGUAAGUCAAUGGAUUCUGCCAUGAGGAAGGGGCCCGCAUGGAGGCUUGCUUAGAGGGAUCUCCAGGGUUGGCGUUGUAGGGUGGGCGAGGUGACACUCCCCCUGUGGUAUGCCUCCAUUGAUUGAUUGGCUGUAAUAUAUAUAAGGUUGGGUACUGAGAUUUGAGCGACAAGUUUCUUUUACAAGAAUUGGACUGGUUUUUUUUUUUUUUUUUUUUUUUUUUUUUUUUUUUACAUAUAUAUUUACCCAGCAGCAGCACACCUUAAGUUGAAAUUCUGCCAACUGAUUAUUAUUUUGUGCUAACGUGGAAACAUUCAUGUACUUGAUGGAUUAUGUGAAUACUGAGUUUGAAGAUGUAAUGAGUUAUGUCGAUUGAUUUCUGGGAUACUUUUAAUUAUGUAAACUGAGUUCAGUUCAGUUUUAUGGCAGAGUACAUUUUCCCAGUUGAGUUUCAAGAUGUCUAGAAUUUUGGUCAUUUCAAAUCAAAAAGUUUUGCCCAAGUUUUAAGAUGAAACAUGUUUCAUCGUAUGGGUUUGAAGACUAAAGUGUUUAGUCCCAGUUUCAAGAUGUGUUUCUUCGGUUGAGUUUCAAGACAUAAUGAGUUUGGGGUUGGGUGCUAUUUCUUACCUACCACUCCAAUUAGUGCUCACAACAGAAAGAAUUUACUCUGGAAAUAACUGAGUUGAGAAAUAUUACCAAAAUACAGUGAUCAGCAUUCUUUAGUUGAUUACUAAGGAAAAGAAAAACUGGACAUGACCUUGAACAUGAAAAAAUUAAACCACCAAAAUACAAAUCAGUAAGCAAUCUAAAUUCUGACAAAGCUCAUUUUUAUACUCUAUCUCAGUCUUCCGAGUACGUUCUUUUCCGUAUACGACGAGGACUUAUCAGAAUGGAGCAAAGGUACGAAUGGGCGACCCAAACCCUUUGUUGACCUUUAGUUCCAACGGACCCGACAGACGUUUGGUAAGAAGCUUCAAGUUCCUAUUAAUGGCUGGGUUGAUUGUGCGCACCGCUACCAACAAACAUAUAAACAAACAAACUCCCGUACUCAAGACGUGUUGUUAUGGGAGGAAGAGUUUUGUAGUUUUAAUUAUUUUUGUAUUUUCCUGAUGUACUUACGCUAGACUGCAGCUCCAUGUUACUAGGCCCCGAAAGCCUCCUCCGCUCCCCUGUGACCUGAUACACCGCCACAAAGACUUGAUGUGUGCAGAGCUGAAGUCCAUGAGUAAAGUGUCGAUACAUAGGUUUGGAUUCCACUUAGUAAUGUGUUCAUGCAGUUUUGGAUUUCAUGAGUACUUUGGUUUUAUGGUUUUGAAUUGCAAGUCCAUGAGCAAAGUGUCAAGACAUGGUUUGGAUUCCAUUUGUAACUUGUUCAUGCAGUUUGGGAUUUCACGAGUACUUUGGUUACGUCGUUUUGAAUUGUAUGAAGGAAAUUUUGGUGAUGUGGUUUUGAUUUGCAUGACCAUGAGUAAAGUGUCAGUAUAGAGGUUUGGAUUCCAUUUAGUAACUUGAUUGUGCAGUUUGGGAUUUCAUGAGUACUUUGGUUAUGUCGUUUUGAAUUGCAUGAAGGAAACUUUGGUGAUAUCGUUUUGUAAUGCAUGAAGGAAGUCGCAUCUAGUUUUGCUUUCCUCUUAUUUGAAUUCCAUGAUUGAAGUGUCUUACAGAUCUUAAUUCUCUUGGUAAUCUGGCAAUGUAGUUUUGAAUUCCAUGAGUAACAUUUCUGUACAGUUUUGAAAUCCAUGAAUAACUUGUUUAUAUGUUUUUUUUGGUUCCAUGAAAACUUGUCAGUACAGUUUUUGAUUCCCGUCAGUAAAGUGUCGGUUUAGUUAUUAUUCUCUCGGCAGGAUAACUCUUUAUUUUAUGUAGCCAGUGACGUGAAGGUGGAAGCAGACAUGUUAACUAAAGACCUUCAUGGCAAUUUUACUGAUACGUUGUCAAUACAGUUUUCUUUACACGAUUACUCUUUGCUUUGUGUGUUUAUUUCUUAGCAGCAUCACUUCAGUUCUCGUUCCCAGCCAGUUAUUUGUGAGGGUGUCAGCAGACUUGUUAACUAAGAAAAUGGCAAUUCUACUGAUGUCAACGUGUUUUCUUUUUUACAACAGGAUCAGUCUUAUCAUUUAUCAUAGCCAGUGAUUUGUGAGGACGUAGGCAGACUUAUUUACCACAAAAAGGAGAGACCGUCAUGGCAAUCCUACAGAUGUUGACGUGUUUUCUGUGUUUUCUCUUUCGCCGCAGGAUUACUUUUUACUGUUCCGUUUAUUUCUUUUCAGCAGGAUCACUCAUGAGUUUCUGUUCGUAGCCAGUAAUUUGUGAGGGUGUAGGCAGACUUGUUAACUAAAAAACCGUCAUGGCAAUUCUACUGUUCAUCGUCAGGUCGCCAACAACAAAGGAUGUUCCUACAUGGUACACUUUAGUGUGACUAAAAAGUGCCUCUUCUCCAUACUUUUCAAGUAUUAAUAAAGGCAUCUUGUACACCUAA